CAGUCCAUGGCAAAGCGGCCUGAAGGUGGCUGAAGAUUCCAUCCCCUCAGAGCGCAACCACGACCACAGGCGCGCUUAGGCAAGACGACGCUGCACGGAGAAAGAUACAAUAGCGCAAUAUGGCAUCAGCAGAACGACAAUGGCAAAAUACUGCUCAGGCCGGGUGUGUCCAGACUCUCAACACUCACCAGCAAUAUCAUCCAGGUUGGAAUCGCCAAGCUGGCAAGCCCGGAUGCAUGAGGCAGGCAAAGACACUCAUCUCCCCUGUCUGCCCAUCUCACUCUCGCCGAGGUCUCCUCCGACGCUUGAUGUCAUGCAGAACGCCCCCCGUCAACACUUGCUGAGGACCAAUUUUUGGGGAGGAAGUUGCUGCGGCCUGUUCGGUUGGCCUGGAGUAGGCAUGCUUUCUUGGAACUUGGACGCGGAAUUUGAACAUGACAAUCUUUACUGCAUGGUCAUAUUCGGGGUUCGUAAGCGGCGGUCCAGGAUACUGCUGGAUCGAGAUGAAUCGAAAAGACCGGAGGUUACGCUGGGGUUACCUUCGCAUCUCAAGGCCGAGGGGGUGCUUGCUUGGCCACCGGCCUUGAGCGCGUCGAUCACGUAUGGCUGAAUUCUUUUCGCGGAAGAGAUUUCUCUACCUCUUUUCUCCGGCGAUAUCCUAGAAAAGGCUUGGAGGUCGUCUUCGACAGGAAACUUGCGAGGGUAUCGACAGGGGUCCUGCAAGACGAGAAGGGUGUAUGAGCAAGCUGGAAAAUAGCCAGGGUGAGGCUUGCUUGCAGAGUACGGACUGAAGGCGGCGCACAGAAAGCUCCUUCGGUCUCCGUAUUCCGUAUGCACAUUUCGAGGUCGACGGAAGCUACUGUCUUGGCAGCUUGGAAUCGAGUCCAGAGUCGGAUGAGACGACGUUAUGUGUCGAAGCACA